UGGUAUUUCACACUAAAUAAACAUUUUAAUUAUUUUAAGUGCCACUUAUAUAACGAAAACUACAGUUUCGGUAUGAUGACAUCAACAAAUUCUCCAACGAUCACAACGGAAGGCGUAACUGGUGAUUUAUCAACGAGCAAUGUGCAUUCUUUCGCCCAGUCGUCUGCUAACACAUUGCAACAAACGACAGAAACAACGGCUGCUGUAACGAACCAAGCAGGCUCUAUAAGCACGGAAGACGCAGGAAAUAUGACUACAACGAACCCGCCGACGGCUGUAUUCUCAACAACGGAUUCCAGCACGCAUACAAAUGUAAAAUCAUCAACCGAUUAUUCUGUCACAGCAGACGACAAUUCUACAACUUCCAGUAACACGACUGCACCAAUUUUAAGCGGACUUAAUGCAUCAACGACAUAUGACGUCACAACGGACGUAACAGUUUCUUCGCAACUUCCGCACAACUCCGCAUCUACGGCUGUGGUAGGGUUAGUUAAAACCUGUCCUGAUCCGUCCCCUAUCUCUGGUGGUAAAAUUCUGUCAACAGGACCGUAUGUUGCUAACGUGAGCAGUGCUGUGUAUUCGUGUGUCGCCGGUUUGACAUUGACCGGACAAUCUAAGAUCGGCUGUAACAUUACGGGGACGUGGGAGAAACAACCACCGAGCUGUGUACCUAUAAACAGGCAAAAUGUCCACAAUCAUAUUUCACUUGAUGAUUCUACUAGAGUACCUCUUUGGAUGACAAUAGUGCUAUGUGUGGCCUUUGGUCUGCUGUGUCUUCUUUUGCUAGCGUGUUUGCUGAUGUAUUGUCUCAAAAUAUUUGGCUAUUGCAAAGGAUCGACGGUAGGGGCAAAAUUAGUAGUACGUGAAAGAGGAGUCGAAAAUGGUGAUGUAAAUAGGCGGCAAACAUUUGCAGACGACUUUGGAUCAGCAAACAAAUAUGACAGACCAAAGCAUGUUUCUUACGAAGAAAAUGACGAACGCUCAAGACGUCAAAGGGAACAAGGCAAUAUUGCGUCGUCAAGGAUUCCCGUAAAAUAUACUGGUCAAAAUGGUUUGAGAAACGGACCGUAUAAUCAGAUCAAUAGCCACACUGUGGAAGGCCCUACAACGGGGAAAUUGUAUCGUCGGGAGGCUAAAAUGCCUUCAAAAGAGACAUGGAUGCCACACAGCCGAAAUUAUCGAAAUAUAAAUACAAGUACAAAAUAAUGUGACGAUGGUGUCCCUUGUUGCAAAGACAUAACUCAUAUACAUUGUAGAAAUAUCUUUGUAUGUAUAAA